GUAUAUAUAUACGAAUACUUUUCUCACACUUUUUCAUAUCACAAACUAGGACAAGUUUAUUACAAGUCCUCCGUUAUUUUUCUCUCAUACACCUCUUUCUUUCCACACUUUCUUUUCUUCUCUAAAUUGCUUUAGCCAUGCAUGAGAAACAACAACUAAACGGAGCCUACUACGGCCCAUCAAUCCCACCACCAACAAGAUCCUACAACCGUCCAUCUCGUGGCGGCGGUUUCGACUGCUGCUGCGGCUGUAUCUUUAACCUAAUCUUCAAACUCAUCCUCACCGUCAUAAUAAUCAUCGGCAUCGCCGUCUUCCUCUUCUGGCUCAUAGUUCGUCCCAACGCUGUCAAAGUCCACGUCACAGACGCAACCUUGACCCAAUUCAACUACACAAACAACAACAGCAACCUCAACUACAAUCUUGCUUUAAACAUAACAAUCCGCAACCCUAACAGAAGACUUGGCAUCUACUACGAUUCCAUCGAAGCUAGGGCUUUAUACCAUGAUGCUAGGGUUGACUCUAUUAUUCUUGAUCCUUUUUAUCAAGGACACAAAACAACUCAUUUUUUGAACCCUUCCUUUAAGGGUCAGAAAGUUGUUGUUCUUAGUAGCGAUCAAAGUUUGGAGCUGAAUAAAGAGAAGGAUUCAGGUGUUUAUGAGAUUGAUGUGAAGAUGUAUCUUAAAGUGAGGUUUAAGUUGGGAGUUUUUAAGACAAGGAAGAUGAAGCCAAAGAUUACAUGUGAGUUACGUGUUCCUUUGAAUUCCGGCGGUGGUUCGCCGGCGGGUGGGAGUUUUGAGGCUACCAAGUGUGAUUGGGAUCGUUGAUGGAUUCUUUUGGAUCUUUGUGUUUGACCCGAUUCUAUGACUAUUCUAUUUGUUUUGUAUCAUAUGCUUAUUUGUUUGUAGUUUAUUGGUUAGACCAGUGUUGGUCUUUUGGACAUAGUCAUACUUAUUCUAGAGGGUUAUUUUCGGGAUUUUAUAUUUUCAUUAUGUGUAUUAUUUAUAUCCUCCUCCUAUAAUGCUUGCAUUUGGUGGAGGGUAUAUUAUUUUUGGAUUAUCAUUAUAUCACAUAUAUACUUGUUAUAUUGUUAAAUGAAUAAAUAUAUUUCUCCCUUGUUCUUCCUCUA